AUGUUUGUCUCUGUUUUAGGUGAUGGAUGCUCCCUGAGUCUGAAGCCCUCGCGGGUGGUGGUGGGCUUCGGAGAGGCAGUGAGCGUCCACUGUGAAGCCACCCGGCCGGUGCGUGUCCUGGGCUGGGAGUCGGCCAUUGGCUCCUCUCACACUCAGCAGGAGCAGUCUGUGCAGUGGAAAGUGGACAGUCUUAUUGAUUGGAUCGAAGAACCCAUUUGUUAUGGAGUGUUUCACACGGCACCAAGGCAGUGUGAGGAGAAACUGAACCUGGUCUUAUACAAGAGCCCAGAUGGCGUCACUAUUCGACCUGUGGAGCACACUGGGCCGAUGGUGGAGGCAAAGAAAUACCAGCUGUUGUGUGAGGUGCAGAACGUGGCUCCAGUUCAGUAUCUCAGCCUGAAGUGGUACAGGGGAGACAAAAUGGUCCAUAACCACUCCUUUACAGACCUCACAUCUUCCACACCUGUUCAAGUGUCCUCCAUCCUUGAGAUAUUUCCAACCAGAGCUGAAAACGGAGCCAGCUACAGGUGUGUGGCAGAGCUAGAGCUAGGACCAGAGGGACCACAGCCGCCUCCCAGCAUAACCUCUGCAUCUCUCAAUGUCUCUGUCAACUUUCCGCCAACAUUCAUUGGGUCUGAAACAGAAGUGGUGGAGCUAAUAUCUGGAGCUGAAAUGACUUUAAACUGCACUGCUUUGGGGCACCCUCCCCCUGUGUACAGCUGGCUAUCACCGUCCUCCACACAACAGACAGGGGAUGAGGCAGUCCUAGUUUCCUCCUCACUUGUACCAGGAGCCUAUAUUUGCACGGCCUCAAACUCACUGGGAAAAAAGAGCAAGACCUUCAUGCUUAAGGCAAAGUCCAAAGGUGUUUAA